AUGGUUAAACAACACGGUUGGUAUCCAUACGAAUUUCAAUCAGGUACAACAGUUGCCAUUGCUGGUGAUGAUUAUGUUGUUGUUGCAAGUGAUACACGUUUGACAGAAAAUUAUUCAAUUUUAUCUCGUACACAUAGCAAUGUGUAUAAAAUGCAUAACAAUUCAUUACUUUUAUCAACAGGAUUUCUUGGUGAUGUACUUACACUUAAGAAAACACUUGAAGGUCGUAUUAAGUCAUAUGAAUAUACACAUAAUAAACCAAUCUCAACACCUGCAUUAGCUCAAAUGAUUUCUAUUAUGAUGUAUGGUCGACGAUUUUUUCCUUAUUAUACAAAUACAGCUGUCGCUGGUUUGGAUAGUGAGGGUAAAGGAUGUAUUUUUGGUUUUGAUCCAGUUGGUUCAAUGACACCAGAACGUUAUACGUGCGAGGGUAGUGCUAUGCCACUUCUUUUACCAAUUCUUGAUUCAUACAUGCUUGGUAAAAAUUCAACUAAGCCAGGCCCCGUUAAACGUACAAAAGAAGAAAUCGUUAAAAUGGUAAAAGAUAUUUAUAUGGCUGGUUGUGAACGUCAUGUUGAACUUGGUGAUGGUGUUGUUAUUCAUGUAUUAACAAAAGAUAAAGGAAUUGAAACUGAUGUUCAUGCAUUACGCAAAGAUUAA